AUGCGGAUUCUGCUAGUCCCUCUUCUGCUCACCGUCAGCGACGGGUCGUCUCGUGAAUAUGGCGCCUAUUCAUCGAGCUACGUUCACAUGUCGGUGGUGAAUCCGACGACGAACGAUCGCCGCGACUUUUGCGCCAACUAUCAACAAUUUCGCGACAAAUCGCGCGCGCUUCCGGAGACGUUCGAGCAAGCCGACGGUUUUGCGCUCGACUGGUGGGAGGGACGCGCCGGCGAAACGCACAUCUGCCCACUUCCCGAGCGGUUUCGUCCCAUCGAGAAAUAUCCGGGAAAAAUCAUUCCGUUGAAUUAUCGCAUCGAUGAUGAUGGCACCGCGUGCACGAAGCCGUUCACCGUCAAUCGGACGGCGUUUAGAAAUGCGACGCAAUUCCAAGAGGACCAACUCAUCGCCGGAAACGCGUCCGCCGUGCUUUUUCUGAUGGAUCGCGGACGGCAAUUUGUGCAGGGAUGGAAAGAUUAUUUGUUCUCCGACUUUUACGAUCCAUAUGUUGAUCCAAAGAGGUCGAUCCCCACAUUCUACUUUUAUCGUCAGCCAUUCUUUGAUGAAAUUUUGAAGCUCAGCCGUUUGAACGGCACCCAGAUUGGCGAAGACUUGGAAAUUCGAUUGUUCCGCCCAAAGAAUGGCGUAAUGGACGGCUCGACGAUUGUCAUUUGGUUUCUCGCAAUGAUUUGCGUUACCGGUGGCGGCGUGUGGGCGUUUCAUCGACACAGGCACGGCAAAGACACGGCUCUGGCCGACAAUGAGAUUCAACAGCGUAGUUCGUCGGACGCCGACACCUUCUGCGUCAAGUAUUCAAACUUCAUUGUGAUUGGAGUUCUCAUGGCGUUCCUCCUAUUCGUCAUAAUGAUUGGCUAUUUCUUUCGCACGGCUCUCGUAUGCGUCUUCAAUGUUAUGCUCAUUUUAUUUGGCACACUGAGCAUUCAAGGAUGUUUGUCGGCGUUGCUCUCGAAUUUCGCGAUCAGCAGCAGCGGUUGGUACCGCGCAAGAAUGGAAUGGUUCCCGUUGAAAUUAUCUUGCGGUCUCACAACUAAGCCGACCUACAGUAGUAUGGUUCUGGGAUUGUUCGGAACCAUUAUUUGCGCGAUAUGGUUUUUCAAUCGCCUGAAUCCCUACGCAUUCAUUCUUCUCGACUUUAUCAACGUGACGCUUUGCCUUCAUAUUCUCAAAACUUUAAGAUUGCCAAGCUUGAAGUGGAUCACAACCCUAAUGGUGUGCAUGUUCGUUUACGACGCUGUCAUGGUUUUCAUGACGCCGUACUGGACGAAAAACGGCUGCUCGGUGAUGCUGGAAGUCGCCACUGGAAUCGAUUGUUCGGCCAGUCACGACAAUUCCAGCGGAUAUCCACUUCCGCCGAUCGAGUACUCGCAUACGCCGGAGAAAUUUCCGAUGCUCAUGCAGGUGAUGCAUUUCGAUCCGAUGAUCUCGUGCAUUGAUCUCAGCGUUGAGCGCGGAUUCCAGAUGACGAUUCUAGGGCUCGGCGAUAUUAUUAUUCCAGGAUACCUUGUGUCCCAUGGCUUCACAAUGAACGGCUUCGAUGAGAAGGCGCGAAUCAUCUAUGGAACGGUUACCGUGAUUGGCUAUGGUGUCGGCUUGAUCGCCACAUUCAUCGCGUUGUAUUUGAUGAAGAUGGCGCAGCCCGCGUUGAUCUACUUGGUGCCGUUCACGCUUAUUCCAUUCUGUGUGGUGGCGUUGAUUCGCGGCGAGUUCAUGUCGGUCUGGAAUGGUGUUCCAUUCGAAAGACCGAUUCUUGAGUGUUUGACCGCGUCUAGGAACUCUGGCGAAGACGGUGAGGCGCUGGCGCCUCAACCGUCUGCCAGCCCUGAUCGCGAGGGCGUCGAGCAGGAAUCAACUCAAUGA